AAGAAGAAUUUUAGUGCGUGAUUUUUUGGGAAAAUUUUCUUCCCUGCUGAAUUUUCAAGCGCUGAUUUUUCCUGCAUUUCUGCAGCAAAUUAACACAAAAAUGCCAUCAAGGCAUUGGGAAUAGUUUGCACAGCCAGGAAGUACAGGAAAUCCCCAUAACCUGCGCUACUCCGGCAGGGGGCGGAACAUUAUAUAACGAGCUGAAGAUGAAUAUUUUUGUGAUAAGAACUUCCCACUUAAUACGCCCCUUCAACUUUACCUGUUCCCAUGCGGCAAACAUCUACAGAAGGCAUGCAACACAGACAAAUCCCAAGGCAGAACUUCCGGAGAUUGCGAAUGAUGACACAGUUAAGAUUAGGUGCGAUGAAUCCAUUGCAUUGUCCCUACCAAAGAGUGUGGCGAGGGAUAAGAAGCCCGUGAUUCUUCUUACACCCGACAUGACGCCUCCGCCGCUGGUGCUGCCGGAAAGCCCAUCAAAUGAGGUGAAGAAGACAAAGGGGGAUACGUGGGCUGUGACACCAAUUGCACCGAAUCACAAGCUGUACCUGAAACUCUCAAAAAUCCGGCUAACUUCCCUCGUGGUGGUGACAUCAAUGGCAGGUUAUGCCAUGGCUCCAGCUCCCUUUGAUCUCACCACCUUUGCACUGUGUUCCCUCGGUACGGGGCUCCUAUCGGGUGCUGCCAAUUCCAUCAAUCAAUUCUUCGAGGUACCCUUUGACGCUCAAAUGUCUCGUACGCGGAAUCGUGUUCUUGUCAAGGGAAUGCUGACACCCCUUCAUGCCGUUGGAUUUGCAGCUGUUGCCGGAGCGAGUGGCUUUGCCAUUCUCAACUAUGGGGUUAAUGGGCUCACCGCAUCCCUAGGAUUGGCCAAUCUCAUCCUCUAUACCUCAAUCUACACACCAAUGAAGCGCUAUAGUAUCCUCAAUACGUGGGUGGGCUCUGUGGUGGGUGCCAUACCGCCUGUGAUGGGUUGGGUAGCUUGUACUGGGCAUGUGGACACAGGAGCGUGGAUUCUUGCUGCCCUCCUGUACGCCUGGCAAUUUCCCCACUUCAACGCUUUGUCGUGGAACCUCCGACCUGAUUAUUCACGUGCUGGCUACCGUAUGAUGGCUGUGACGGAUCCACAACUCUGCCGGAGAGUUGCUCUGCGGUACACCGUUGGAAUUGCCGGGAUUUCCCUCCUUGCACCAGCUCUUGAUGUUACCAACACGUGGUUUGCACUGACAUCCCUACCCCUGAAUGGGUAUUUUACAUAUUUAGGUGAGUUCUUAAUCAUUCUCUUUGAGCUCUCCGCAGAAGCUAAUCUCCUCCAUCCCAUUUCAGCUUGGCAAUUCUAUAGAAAAUCCGACAGCAAUAGUUCAAGGAAGCUCUUCCGCUUCUCCCUGCUUCACCUACCCCUCCUUAUGGUUCUUUUCUUGUUGAGCAAGAAACGAUGGAUCUUCCUGGAGAAGGAGGACACCCUGAAAAGUGGUGUUAAUCCCAAAAAUGUCGACACAGCAAAGCACCUCAUCAACAUCCUGCCACUGAAUACAACAAAAGCGGCGUGAUAUUGAAACUUAUGUACUGCGUGUAUCUUUUGUGAAUAGAUUUGUUAAGUUA